CAGAACUGGUGGGAGACAAGUGUUAGUCUGCAAACAGCCCAGAUGUAAGAGCCAACCCUCCUUUCUCCGGGGGAAGGCUGAUAGGAGUUUAAAAGGCUUGUGGUGGCCAGUGCACAAAGCCUUCCCAGAACCUGCAGCGACCCUUCUCUUUACCUCUGCCUGUUGGAGACCACUUAGCGAAGCCGACUGGACGGCUGGAUUCAGGAAGCCAUGAAUCAUGUCACCAGGAGCCAGCUGCAGACUUUAAACUCAGUUCAGCAUGUGGAAGCGGCAGAGAAAUGACCUGUCCAGACAAGCCGGGGCAGCUCAUAAACUGGUUUGUCUGCUCCCUGUGCGCCCCACGAGUGUGUAAACUUUGGAGUAGUCGGCGUCCCAGGACCAGACGGAACCUCCUGCUGGGCACUGCAUGUGCCAUCUACUUGGGCUUUCUGGUGAGCCAGGUGGGAAGAGGCUCCUUCCAGCAUGGGCAGGCAACUGACAGGGGGCCACCCAACAGCCACGACAUCUUCAAGGUACCCUUCCCGGAGAUCCCCCUGGAUGGUACUCUGGCCCCUCCAGAGUCUCAGGGCAAUGGAAGCACACUGCAGCCCAACGUGGUGUACAUUACUUUACGCUCCAAGCGCAGCAAGCCUGCGAAUAUCCGUGGCACAGUGAAACCCAAGCGCAGGAAGAAGUAUGCGGUGGCAUCUGAUCAGGAGGUGCUGGUUAGACCAUCCCUUAUACAGCAGGAAGUUGCACGGGCAGCAGAUGCUGAAGUACCUGGCUAUGUUCAGGGUUACCUGACCAAGGUUGGUGGACGACCCUGGAGGGUGCUGCAUGGUCCUGGAGUCAGAACUAGAGGUUCAAACUUGCAGCAGCUUAGGGUCCAAGAGAGCAACAUUAGGAUUUACAGUGAGAGCGCCCCCUCCUGGCUGAGCAAAGAAGACAUCCACAGAAUGCGCCUCCUGGCUGAUGGUGAGGUGGCUAGCAUCCUACCAGCAAUCUCUAAGAGUGGUGCCCGCUUGCUGGUGUUGGAAGGGAGCAUCUCAGGCUCUGUGCCUGCCUGCGGGCCUAGCCCCUGUGGGCUCCUCAAGCAGCCUCUGGACAUGAGUGAAGUGUUUGCCUUCCACCUGGACAGGAUCCUGGGUCUCAAUAGAACCCUGCCAUCUGUGAGCAGGAAAUUAGAGUUCAUCCAAGAUGGCCGACCUCGCCCUAUCAUUCUGUGGGACUCAGCUCUAGCAUCUGCAAGCAAUGAUAGUCAUUCUUCUGUUAAGCUCACCUGGGGAACUUAUCAGCAGUUGCUAAAACAGAAGUGCUGGCUGAAUGGCCGGGUUCCCAGACCUGAAUGGGGCUGCACUGAAAUCCAUCACCAUGAAUGGUCCAAGAUGGCUCUCUUUGAUUUUUUGUUACAGAUUUAUAAUCGCUUGGAUACAAAUUGCUGCGGAUUCAGACCUCGCAAGGAAGACGCCUGUAUACAGAAUGGACUGAGGCCAAACUGUGAGGACCAAAAUUCUGUGACUUUAGCACACAUUAUCCAGAGAAAGAAUCACCCAAGGCAUUUGGUCUUUAUAAACAAUAAGGGCUUCUUUGACAGAAGUGAAGACAACUUAAACUUCAAAUUGUUAGAAGGCAUCAGAGAGUUUCCUGAAUCUGCAGUUUCUGUUUUGAAGAGCCAACACUUAAGGCAGAAGCUCCUUCAGUCUCUGUUCCUUGAUCAGGUUUAUUGGGAAAGUCAAGGGGGCAGGCAAGGCAUUGAGAAGCUUAUUGAUGUGAUAGAGCGUAGAGCUAGAAUUCUUAUCACCUACAUCAAUGCACACGGGGUUAGAGUAUUACCCAUGAAUGAAUGACAAAUGGCUUUCUGCCUUGAGGGCUAUACAUGUGUCACAUUUGGUUUCUCUUAAAUACAAGAUAUCAACCUUAAGUGUUUCUAGGAAUGAGGCAUCAUAGUUGAAUACAUGACAUGAAACUGACACAGUUUAUAUCAUGAACUGAGUUUAAAAAGUUUGUAGAGUUUAAAGGUAUGCAGAUUCAAAAAGUUUCAGAAUAACAUAUUGCUUGCAAAAUGCCUGAUGAUAUUUUUUCCUAAGACUCUGGUAUGUGGGUCUCAGCAUCAUCAUUGCACAAUGACCCAAAUGAUUAUACCUACUGAUGUUUAAACCACUUUCAUGUCAUUUGAUGGAACAGUAUAAACCAGAGACACUGGGUCUUCUAAUAAACCAUUCUCAUGCCAUUGGACUGAUCUGACCAGAUGGAAAUUGAGGCAUGUGACCUGCAAGAGCAGCAGUCUUGAAACACCUUCUAAGUAGACAUGGUAGUAGACUCAUUGCAAAUGAUCAGUAUAUUUUCUAGAGUCUAAGAUAAUUAGCUACCUCUGAACAACAAAAAUCUCAUAUCUUCUCUUUUUAAGAAAUUUGUUGACAGUAUAGAAAUAUCCAUAUGUAACCAUCAAUGUAUUAGUUCAAUUUGCUGUCUCAAUUUUGAUCCAAUGUAUGCCUUCUGGUUAGAAAACUAAGAAGUUAUAAAGCAUGUUGUUACCUGUUUGAAAAUUUACUUGUAGAGUCUCUUACUGUUCUUACUGGUUGGUUAGUUUUUUUCUAAAAAAAAAAGUUAAGGUUUUAUGUAGCCCAGGCUGGCUUUGAACUCUUUAUGCAUCAGUGGUCUUCUGCUCUUCUGAUGCUCUGUCUCCCAAGCAUUGGGAUUAUAGAUAGGUAUGCGAUGCCAUGCCCCGCAGUGCUCAGGAUUAAACUUGGGCCUUCAGUCAUGCUAGAUAGGCACUGUAUGACUAAACCCAUAACCCCAGCCCACUUUUAACAAUUUUUCAUUUUAUAAAGGAUAUACUAUGAUUUCUGAAUUUUUUUUUAAUCAUAGAGGACUUCCUUGGUGUAAUUAGGUUUCAUCUGAUUUAACUGAUGUUAUCUAGGUAUUGAUGAUUAAGUUCAGAUAUUAAAUAAAUUAUGUAGAUCAGUUCAAUACAAGAAGUCUUAAUGAAACCCAAUGCACAUGACUGCAUCUUCUCAUGAAGAACACAUGAAUAGAGAGCACAUAACAACAAAUUAGGGAAAAUUAAGUCUCAACUAAUUCUCCCCCAGAUCCCUCUACUAAUGUUUCGUUGGGUUGGAAGAACUAAGGCACACAAGUUUAUGCUCUGAGUCUUUCUGUCCUGGGAGAAUUUGCCAGGUUAUCAUAUAUCCUACUUACCUGGGGCCUUUGAAUUUUGUCUCUCUCGCUUUCAGCUCUACUACCCCUUAUUUGAAAGGUCACUGAUUAGCCAGGUGUGGUGAUACAGACUUGAAAUCUCAGCACCCAGGAAGCCGUGCAAGGUUUGCUAGUCUGAGGCUAGUUUGGUCUUCAUAGUGAUAUCCUGUCGGAAAUGUUCCCCUCUCUUCAUAAAAGCUGAUUUACUGACUUUUUUUUCUUUUGGAAACUUCAAAAUAAAAAUUUGCACAUUUUUAUCAUAUUUCUUGUCUCCCCCUUUUCAGUUUUGUCCCUAGUGCACACAAUGUUUUCCGUCUUCUGGUGAAGAAUAAUUUGAUAUUGAUGCGAACUUUUAAAAACAUAGCAAUAUAGACUAUAUCAUAGGAAAAAUAACUGUGUAGAUUGUAAUUGAUACAAACACACCAACUUGUCAAAAUAGUAAGUCAAAAUGUUAAAUAUAAGAGAAGGCAGACCAAGGGAAGAGGCAUCCACUGACCCUCUCGGUUCUGCUUUUCAAGGCUCAUGUCCAAGCACCGCGCCUACCAUGCUGUAUGUUUCCUUUUCUUUGGCAUGUUAAACUUUGUCAUGUUCUCUACAGUUCUCUCCACUGUGAUCUAAGUAUGACUGUGGGCCCUGGUGAGUCCCCAUGUUGGCUGUUCUCCAUGAGUUUUGUCUCACAAAUCACCUUAAUUACCCUCGCCAGCACUUUUACACCCCCACUUGACUUAGAAUUAAAAGAUUUCUGCCAAGUUGUCUCAUGCCUUAUCAAGGCGACCUACAUUCAUUGUAAUACUUUUUAUUUUUUUAUUUUUUCAGAAUUUACCAUUUUAAUUCACAUCGUCGUGAUAUUAAUUACAGACAUUCUGGUUUCUUAAAAUCUUGCUUUCCUGCCUCUCAAGUUAGGUUGCAUCUGAGCAGGAUGGCCUCCCCCAGAUAUAACGCACUGUAUUUUUUGCCUAGUUAUUUCAACAUGCUUAAUUCUAAGCAAAAGGCUCAAGAACAUUGAUUACUUUUAUGACUUGUCUUUUAAGGAUUACUUUUUACUUUUUAUUUGUGUGCGUGCUUAUGUAUACACAUGCCUGCAUAUGCAGUACCCAUGGAAGCCAGAAGAAGGGCAUCAGAACCUCUGAAACAGUUGUGAGCUACCUGACUGGGGGUCUUGGAACUCAACUAAGUUCCUCUGAAAGAGCAGUGAAUGAUCUCAACAGCUGGGCGUCUCCCCAUCCUUUACAUUCAUUUUUUUUGAUGAUUUAUUUUGUUUUGUAAAGAGUGAGUAAUUGAUGGUGGAUUAGUUUUGAAUAAUAACUGCAGGCCAGACUCUGAAUUCUAAUAAGUAACAUUCUUCUUUCAUUGAAAUGAUGAGAGUGAUUUUGUAUUUCAGAUGUGCUCAACAACUACUGUGAUUUGGUACACAUUAGCCCAUUAUGUGGUUUAUUUGCUCAAACAGAUGUAAAAUAGAAGAAUUUACCUUGGUUCACUUACAAGAGCUUAUUUCUGGUGUGACUUGUUCCAUUUUAGCUGAUUUGAAAAUGCACAUGUGUCUUACACCUUGUAAUAAAAUUUUACAAAUUAAA